GGUCAAUACUUCCGUUUGGUAGCUACUUGAAGUAUUUAUCUUAUUAAUUAAGCCGAGACUCGUGGUUGAAGCAAGGAUUUGCCAUGGCCGAUAAAACAAAGACAGCGCCGAAUACCACCGCUACUACUGAUAGCGAAAAGAAGAAGUAUAAACCAGUAAAGAUAGACCCUCGCAUAGAGGCCAAAAUUAACGAGCUCCGCCGCAAAGCCAAGGAGCACCUAUCAUUGAAGCAAUUCGAUGAAGCCCUCCAUUGUUUAGACAUCGCCAUUGACCUGCACUCAACUAGCUACAAGCUCUACCGCAUGCGCUCCAUCGCGCUCUCCUGCCUGCAGCAGUAUGAACGCGCUGCUGUGGACGCGGACCGUGUGGUGGAGCUGGCGCCGCACAUCAUGGACGGCCACUACCACAAGGGCUUCGCGCUCUUCCACCUCAAAGACUACGCAGGAGCGGCGCACGCCUUCCAGCAAGGCCUCAAGCUGAACCCCACGGAUAAGACGCUGCGGCAGGGCUUCUGGGACGCCAUAGCGCUGGUCUCACAGAACCGCACCGACUCGGCGCUGGUCACGGGGACAGGGGAGGCGGCAGGGGCGGGAACGACGACGUCGGGAGGGGGAGCGGGCACGAAAGGAGGGACUGACGCGGGUGCUGCCGCCGGGCAUUGAUGUGGGGCAGUGCUGGGCGGAGGGUGUACUGAAACGUCUGAAGCAGAUGGGGGUUUGGUGGGUUAGGAACAUAGCUCAGUGACUGGGGUGGGGGUGUAUGGGAGGUGGAGCAGAGGGUUAGCUGGAUGUUUGCAGAUCUGACGUGGCCUGCAGGGUGGAAGGGGUGCAGGGUGCAAGCAGGGGUCGCGGCAGGGUGGGCCCGGCGCACUUACUUCAGUGGAGACCCUCUGGAGGAGGCAAGUGGAGGAGGUGAGGACGAGCGGGAGGUGUAGUGCCCUACGGGACGGUGUUGGCCGGCUGGCGGCAUGGGGCUGCGGAUUGCGGGCGAGCGUGCAGAAUCUGGCGAGCGUUAGUAGCGAGCAAACUGAUAGACAGGAGGGGUGUUGUGACAUUAUGAGGGAUUGCGGGCACUCGCUUGCCACGUGCGCCUGUGGGGCGACCCGUGGGAGGCAGUGCAGCUGUUGCGUUUACCAUGACAUUGUACGACGGCGGGAAUGUACGGUAGCUGCAGUAGCAUGUGUGCAUAAUGCGGUACAGCAGGCUUCGGCUCUAAGGUGUGUCAGAUGUGACCAGAGGUUUUGGAUCCGAGGUUCAUAUGCCGUCAUACGCAUGAUAGAUGCAACGGGUACUGCGGGGAUGAGUGCGAGGAAGUACGGCACACGCGAUCGACAAACCACUGCACAUAACGGUCACAUUUGUACCGCGGGCCUGAGGCAAAGCAUCAAGCAUUGACGAACCAGAAGGUGUUUAGGGUGGAGAGAACCUAGGGAGUGCCCUUGCAGGCGCACCUGGCGUGGUGGGGAGGAAGAGGGAGGACUAAAUUCGCAGUUGGUUGGGGGCCGCAUGCGUGGUUCCUUCCCGACGUGUUGUUGGUUCCCAGCAAGGUGACAUGGUGGCGUUGUGCAUGCAGGUCGGUGCGUGGCGGCAGAGAGUGAAAGGGGGAGAGGAGCACCGCCGAGCUUUGGAAGGCGGGAUUGCAAAUCUCUGGCUGACUGCAACGCCAGGCGUGUCGUGCCUGGCAGCCGACUGCGGCUUCGUGUGACUGGUACAUAUGUUCGGGUGGAACGUAGGCGUGGUUUAACCGUGAGUGAAAAAUGUGCUCUUGGUCGGGGACCCUUGGUUUGUUGACUUCAUGCGUCAUUGCGUAUAUCACGACAGUCACGACGACACCGGCCGUCGCAUUGCAAAGCAUGCCGCAUAACGUAUAGCUGACUGCGCAAUGCCAUAACUAUGUCGUUUGCUGGAUGUGCCACGAAUAGCGAAGUCGCAGCAGCUGUUGGUGAAUGUCGUGCAAUCCUAGCUCGCCAUCGAGGGGUCGCUGAUGAAAUUUAUGACCAACUAGCUGCGAGCCAAGCGCAGCUUAGUCAUGAAAUCAAUCGCCUUGUUGAAGCCGUGAAGGCCCUUGCGCAUCCGAAGCCGCUGGCUCAGAAUCAAGAGUAUCAAGCGGUAAUUGCAAGGAUUCAGCAAAAGCUUGCAAACCUGUCAGGACGGCUGGGUGUUGUGGAGGAUCGCUUACGGCGGAUCAAGUGUCAACUUGGACUCGAGGGAUAACGACAAAAGCACACAGUCCACGUGAGCUGUCAUGCACCAGCACGGAUGACUACUGCCGUACCUAGGCAGCCAACUAUGAAAUGGAAGCGGUGCGGUUUGGGGCGAUACGUGAGGCGAGGGGUCAGUGCGCGGCGUCCCUGGACGGGGCUUGCGAAGUCCUGGCUACAUGGGAACAUGGCACUUGACACGGGGGUCUCUUGGCAUGGGUGUGGCUUUACAGAGGUAGCUUGUAAGCAGAGAUGGUGCCGUCAACUAUAUUAAUGAGGUAUGGGGACGUGUUGAUCGGGCUGCACUUGAUCAGGAGAACGUUGGAUGUAAAGAUCAGGUGGUCGA